AUGAAUAGAUUACUUGAAUAUUAACAAUUUGCUAUUUUUGAGAUUGUUAUUACAAUUUGUUUAACUAUAUUCUUUAUUAUUGCAAAUAAAUUUUUAAUAAUGAAUGUCAUUAAUAAAAAUAAAGUAUUUUUGUAUUUUAUUAAUAGACUAUUAUCAAAACUUUACAUUUAUUAUCAAAAUCAUAAAUAGUUACAUCUAUUUAGUAUAUAGCCUGGUUAAAAUUGUAAUUAAGAUUUUUGAUUGAUUUAGAAACUAUGAAAUUUUUGAACUCUAAAACAACCCAAACAUCAUAUUGUGAAUAACAGACUAAAUAUGAUAAUUAAGAAUUAAGUGUAUAAAUUAAUGCUAAAGCUAAUUCAUAUUUAGAAUCAGCUUAAUGGAUUAAAAUUAAAGUAAUAAAUUAAUAAUUUAUGUAGAUUUCUUUUUUAUUGUAUUACUUAUUAUUUAGUCUAAUCAUAUCAUCCUUUGUUUUCUAUUAUUUAUUAUUCCUUUAAGCUUUUUAAAAUGGAGCUUUAGAAAUAUUCAAUGAAAAUUAAUUUGUAAAGAAUCGUAGUCAUCUUUAUGCUAUGAUUAGCAUUAAAGAACUCUACAUAUAUGAAUACAUAGAUAAUUCUAAUAAAGUGAUUAAUGAGAUUAAGAAUAAUGUUUAAGAAUUUAUUAAUUAAAUUCAAGAUGAAUAAAAUGAAAUUUAUGAAACAAAUAUUGAUCAAGUAUUUUAAAUGUUUUAUGGAAAUUAUUGUGAAUUAAUUCUAGGUUUUAUUUUGAUAUAACUAUAGAAAUAAUGCCAAAUACAAGAGUUGAUGAGUAUGAUUCCUGUAAAUAUAAAUUAAGUGGUGCAUUUACAAGAGGAUUAAAUCAAUAUCAUUUAUUAUUAAGUUAAAUUGCAAUAUCUCUUAUAAAUCCAAAUGAUAAGAGAUAUGAUUAACCAACUUUAAAUACAUUAUUUGAAUUUAGUGAAGUAAUUCAUACACCUAUACUAGGUAUAAAACAAUGCUUAUGAAAUUGAAUAACUUACACUUAAUCUAUGGUGUGAAUAAUACUUUCUAUAUGCAGAUAAUGAAAUGUUUCUAGAUAUUCUAUCAAUGUAUUUUAUAUCUUAAAAAAUAGAUGUUUAAUGUUAUUUUUUACAUCUACUUUUUAUGUAUUCUUUAUUGA